AGCUUAUAAAUACAAACAAUAAGCAUCAUACAUUGUGUGUACCAAAAGACGUACGGAAUAAUACUACACAACCAUGCGUUUUUCCGUAGCUGUAGCUGUUUUAGUCUUUGUUGCGACCAUCUUUUUGACAACUUGUGAAGCUAAACAACUCCCUGUUAACCCUGCGUGUCAGUUACCAAAAGGGUUGGGCCAUUGUAAAAAUUAUGUUCCACGGUACUACUACGACAUAAGAACAAUGACAUGUACUAUUUUUAAUUAUGGUGGUUGUGGGGGAAACGAGAAUAACUUUGAGACCUAUGCUGAAUGUCGCUGGAAGUGUCGGUGUCCUGAAGCUAGAAGUCCUGCCGCUCCAGUUCCAAAAUUUUGUCAGUUGCCAAAAGUGACUGGUUACUGCAGGGCUUUCAUGCCUAGCUAUUAUUAUAACCCAACAACUAACAGUUGUAUUUGGUUUGUCUACGGUGGUUGUGGUGGAAAUGAGAACAGAUUUGAGACCGAAGAUGAAUGCCGACAGGCUUGUCAAAGAUAAAAACGACGGCAUCCAGUGAACCCACUAACAGAAUAAAAGUGUUAAACAGGUUUUAAAUCUA